AUGGAACGUCUUGAUCCCAGUGCGGAGCAUCAUUUCUCUCUACAUACCUUUCAUCGUCCAACAUUUUGCGAUCAUUGCGGUUCGAUGCUGUUUGGCCUGGCUAACCAAGGAUACAAGUGUUCCGGCUGUAAAAUGAGCGUGCACAAACGAUGUAAGGCGAAUGUUGCCAAAAACUGUGGAGACAACAGUACUCAGAGGCCACCUGUGGCGACGUACGCGGCCACUAGUGGCGCGGAUCUCCGCUUCCGUGAAGCAGGUGAUUUUUUUGUAGGCCGACUUGAGUUUUGUUUGCAUCAGUGCAUACUGUGA